GCAUGAGCAACAAUUAACAAGGUUUUGAUUUUAAACCAUUUUCAUAUUGAUUCAUUCACAAGUUUGGUGGUUGAAAUAAAAAACUUAUACCAUGUAUCAAAUUAGUUGAUUGUUUUUUGAAACUGUUUUCUGUUUUUAUUACCAGCAAUCAAUUGAUUUACAAUGGAUUCACAAUUACUUUGGUCUCAAUUGAGAUCGAUGUUCAUCAAAGAUCAACUCAUCCGAAAACGACAUUACAUUAUUACUCUAUUUGAAUUGUUUCUUCCGAUUCUAUUGGUUCUUAUUCAUAUUUAUACAACGGAUUCUCAGACUGAACAUUUCCAAUCGGAAGGUUCAGUUUCAUCUUUGACCGUUUCUGCUCCUGUUUAUUUGGAAAAUUCUGACUAUUAUUAUGAUCAAACUUUCAUGUGCUACUCAUUUGGUCAGUCAUUUUUUUACACUUCUCCUGGUUCAGUGGUUGACCAGAUUUGGGCUCCAGAUUAUCGGACUUGUGGCCUGCUAACGAAGUCAUUUGAUACAACAAAGGGUGUGAUUAAAGCCUGGGGCGAUAAGAUCACCCAACAAUCAUAUUCCGCAAAUGUUGCUCUUUUCUUUGAUUCCUUUGAUCUCGAAAAAGGUAUUUCUAGCUACACUGUAAGUGGUCAAGCAAUCGACUACAAUGACCCAUGGGGCGAACCUGUGUAUGCGACUUAUGAUGAUUAUCUAAGGGCACAAUCGAUUGUGAAUAUUUUACUGGCUAAUCAUCCGAAUGAACAAAAAUUGACCUCAAAAGAUUUCGCUUAUUUUUAUACAACGAAAUUGUUCAAUGAAGGUAAUCCUCUAACCGAUUCGUUGAACAAUUCAAGGAAAAGUGACCUUAAUCAUGAUACACAAAAUUUAGUCAAUGCUUUUGACUUUUAUCAGGCUUAUGUUUUUCUUGAGAUCGGAUUUCUCUACAUGUCUACUUUAAUCGUCCGUCGUGUUGUCCGAGAAAAGAAUACCAAUUCAAAGGAGUUAUUGAGGAUCAUGGGACUGACCGAUCUAAUUUAUUGGUUCUCACAUUUCAUCAAUUAUUUUACUCUCUCAAUUUUCCAUGGAACAAUAAUUACGAUUCUUUACUCGAUUUUCAGUAAUAAGAACCCUUAUCAUGGUUGGAAUCCGAGUCUAUUCUGGUUCAAUUAUGUUACGAACAGUGUCACCUCAAUACUUUUCUCGUUUACAUUGACCACUUUUCUUACACGUCCAAUCAUCGGUGUAUUAGUUGUUAUUGUUGGUAGAGCUGGUUUAGCGUAUUUACCUUUUGCUGCAGGAACAGCUACAAGAAAUAUUCUCUGGAUUUCACCGAAAGUUUGGGCUAGUUUACUGCCCAGUGGUCAAUUACACUACUCGAUUUACGAUAUUUUCUAUUUUGGUGAAAUAAAGGAUAAAGUCAAAUGGUCACAAAUAUUUUCAUCAAUUGAAAUUGACCAGUCCUUAAAACUUUGGUCCGUCUAUUUGGUGGGAAUCGUUUCAUGGCUCCUUUACAUAGUGCUGGUUUGGUACCUCGAUGCGAUAUGGCCUUGGCAAAGUGGAACACCUAAACCUUGGCAUUUUCCGAUUUCUCGAUUCUUUUCGUCUGCAACAAUGGAUAUCGAAAUUGAAUCGCUUUCAGCAAUGAAUGAUGAAAAUGAUAACCCAUCGAGUUCAAAUAAAAACCAUGAAAAUGAACCAGGAAAUUUAGGCUCAAGUAUUCAAUGUAAAAACUUGUACAAAUCAUUUGGUUCUAUGGGUUCGAAAAAGUUUGCUGUCAAUGGAGUGAACGUUAAUAUUCUCAAAGGUCAAAUAACUGUUCUCUUAGGUCACAAUGGUGCUGGUAAAACGACCACAAUGUCCAUGAUCACUGGAAUAUUAAAACCUUCGUCUGGUAACAUUUAUGUCAAUGGAAUUGAUGUUCAUAAGAAUACGGUAGCUGCUCGUCGAUGUCUCGCUUUGUGUCCUCAACAUGAUUUACUAUUCGAAGAUCUCACUGUUCGAGAGAAUCUAGAGCUUUGCGGUGGACUUCGAGGAUUAAGUCGACAGGUUAAGAAAGAACUAAUUCCAUUGAAUAUGAAACGAGUAAAUUUAACAGAAAAAUCAAACACAUUAGCAAGUAAUUUAUCGGGUGGAAUGAGACGUCGUCUUCAAUUGGCCUUGGCUCUUUCGACAGCAUCAGAGAUAUUGAUUCUCGACGAGCCAACAUCAGGUUUAGAUCCAGAGUCUCGAAGACAAUUGUGGGAUCUUUUGUUAGAACUGAGAAAAGACUUGACAAUAUUAUUGACAACUCAUUUUAUGGAAGAAGCUGAUGCAUUGGGAGAUCGUAUAAUUAUCAUGGGCUCAGGAAAAGUAAAAUGUUCAGGAUCGUCGAUGUUUCUUAAGAAACAAUUCGGAGCCGGAUAUUCAGUUCGAAUUGCGAAAGACACAUGGUCAUUUGAACCUAACCGACUAUCGAAUCAGAUUAAGAGUCAAUUCAAAACUGCAGAAGUGUUGAAUGAAACAACUGAAGAGAUAAUCUAUCAGCUCGAGAAAGAUACAAAUCCAGAAACGAAAUCGACAUCAUCUCUAAUUAGUCUUUGUGACACUCUCGACAAUAACUUAUCUUCUUUUGGUAUAACUUCUUAUAGUAUUUCCGUGACAACACUCGAAGAUGUUUUCCUCAAGGUCGCAGAGGAUGAAGGUGAAAGUAAACAAACAACAAUCUCAAUGGAAGACAAAUUGUUCGAAGUGAAUAAGAUACUUGAUUAUAAAAAGUUGACUGGAUUAUCAUUGAUGAUGCAAAGAUUAAGAGGAUUAAUAAUGAAGCGUUUUCAUUACAUUAAACGACAUUACAAGACAAUAGGAUUCACAAUCAUCUUACCUGCAAUUGUAUUUUUCUUUACAUUUCUUGCUUCUCGAAAUGCAAUGAGUGUCGUUGGACGCAAGGGCCACGAUUAUUCUGAUUCAAUAACAAUGGAUUUGAAAAAGAUUUAUGGUUCUAACGCUAAGGCAAUAAUUCGAGCAUCGUUAGCUGAACAUUCACCUUUUAUUGAUUCAUACCGACAAAUUAUGAGCGAAUCUGGAAUUCAAGUGAUCGAAAUUGAAUCAUCCAUUUCAUUAGAUGAAUAUUUUAAAACAAGUUCCCAAAGUCGUGAACAGUUCAUGAGAGAAAAUAUCUUUGGUAUUAUUGAAGAUUCGUCGAAACCAAGAGGAUUCGCUGCUUGGCUUAACCCGAAAGCGGCCUUAUCUCUACCAUUGUCCAUCAGUGCCUGGCAAAAUGCGCUGAUACGUAGUCUUGGUGAUGGAAAAAGAACUCAAUCUAAAGUGACGGCAACUUACAAAUCGAUGCCCAAUCGAUAUACUACUGAGCCUUAUUACAAAUCGAUAAUCGCCCAAAUUGUAUCAGCUCUUUUCUCACCCGUUGCUUUUUGUCUAAUCGCUGUUUCUUAUUUCCUCUUCCCCUCAACUGAAGCUCAAAAUAAGUGCAAUUUAAUCCAAAAGAUGAAUGGUAUAAGACCUUCAAUGUUCUGGUUAAGUCAUUACGCUUUUGAUUUCUGUUAUCAUCUAAUUGUAACAAUUGUUAUCUUCAUUUCGAUUAUCAUUGUUGAUCAAUUUCCAUUUGUUGCAUUCAAGGUUGUCGCGUCCAUCUUUGUAUUAUUGAUACUUUUUGGCCUCGCAUCGAUCCCGUUGUUUUAUUUAUUCUCAUUUUUACCUUUGACUCCCGAUCGAGGAUUCUCAUUAUUAGCCUCGAUUUCACUCAUCGGUACUCUCGUCGGUUCAGGAUUAGCAGCAUCUCUAUUGGCAUUUGAUAAAGUCAAAUCUCUUCAUGUUAUUCUUGGAGAUUUAUUUCCACCAUUUGCCGCCUCUUUCGGACUUUCAAAAAUUUAUGCUGCUACAACAUUGGAGAGCAAUUGUAAGACUAUCGAUGCUUGUCCCAAUGGAAAUCAUGUCUCUAUGCAAUAUUGUUGCAACGAAGAUCUGAGUUACAAGCGAUUUACUAUUUUCACCAUGAGUGAUAGUGGAAUUGGCACUGAAGUAAUUAUGCUUAUAGUUGACACUGUUUUGUACACAUUGGUAUUGAUAAUUCUGGAUAUGAAUUUGCAUCGAUUUGGAUAUUGGUACGAAUCAAUUCGUGCAAGACUAUCAUCAGAUGGAAAAUCCGAAAAUGGUAUUGAAGAUGAAGAUGUAGUACGAGAAAGAGAUCGAGUAAAACAAUUGAUUGGUUCAAAUGGAAUACGAAAUGAAGCUUUAAUUGUUGAUGGUUUAACUAAAGAUUUUGGUUCAUUUCGAGCUGUUGAUAGGAUUACUUUUGGUGUACAUAAAGCAGAGUGUUUUGGUUUGUUGGGUGUUAAUGGUGCAGGUAAAACAACAACAUUCCGAAUGUUAACUGGAGAUAUUAUGGUUACUUCGGGAGAUGGUUAUGUGGGAGGAUAUUCAUUGCGAAAAGAUUUACUCAAUUUCCAACAAUCAAUAAGUUAUUGUCCACAAUUUGAUGCGCUACUUGACAAUUUAACUCCAGUGGAAAGUUUAAUGUUAUUUGCACGAAUCAGGGGAAUGCCUGAAAGUAAAGUAAAGGAUAAUGUAAAUUAUAUAAUUGAAUCAACUGAUUUAACUUCAUUCGCCAACACAUGUAAUCAGAAUCUAAGUGGUGGUAAUAAGAGGAAAUUAUCAUUGGCCAUUGCAUCUAUUGCUAAACCAGAGGUGAUUUUUUUGGAUGAACCAACCACCGGUGUAGAUCCAGCAUCGAGACGGAAAAUAUGGUCCACAUUGAUUCAUCUUCGUGAUACAAGUGGAUCAUCAAUUGUACUAACCAGUCACUCUAUGGAUGAAUGUGAAGCCUUAUGUUCACGAAUCGGUAUAAUGGCUCGAGGCAAUUUCAAGUGUCUUGGUUCAUCUCAACAUUUAAAAGAAAAGUUUGGACUUGGAUUUACAUUGAUAAUUAAAAUGACUCAAUCCAAUCAAACAGUCCAAUCCAAUCAACAAUCUAAUCAAUCGGUCCAAACCAAUCAACAAUCCAAUCAACAAUUGGAUAAAAUUAAAAGAUGGAUGGUCGAGAAAUUCCCUUCGUCCAUUUUGAGAGAUGUUCAUCAAACUAUUCUUCAUUAUCAUAUAACGGACACUUCACUUCGUUGGGGUGAAAUGUUGAGGUGUUUAGAUGAAGCAAAACGAUUAUUGCCCAUUGAAGAUUUUACUUUAACUGGAACAACAUUAGAACAAAUUUUCUUAUCAUUUGCUAAGCAAACUUAACUUUAAUUAUUCUCAUUACAGUUUUAUUCAUCGACAUCAAUCAUUUUUUUUUAAAUUCAUUUAAUUAAUAAACAUUUAAGAUCUACCAAGAUCAAUCAUAUUCCAUCGCAA